GUUAUUAUUCAUUACAAUAUCUCGCGAGAUCCUGUGCGGCAGCAAAUUCUAUUUUCAUGCAAAACGACAGGAAAUACUGCCGAAAAUUGAUAAAACGACCUACAAUCAGAGGUCAGAUAUGUCAGAGCCAGAGCAGGAGGAGAGUAAAGGAGGAGAAGAUGUAGUGAAUGUUUUGACAGAUAUUAUGGCUCCGGUGGACGAUGACUUUGAUGAAGAAGUAAAAACUCUUACGCCUGCCAAGAAAGUUGUAGUCAAGAAAGUCACAAAAGCCACAAAAUCUACAGCACAGACAAAGACUGUUAAAAAACCAGCAAGCCCAGCCACUGCCAAAUCUACAAAGCAAGCCCCAACUCCGGCAACCAGCGAAGAACCAGCACCAAAGACUGAAACCACAAGUGAACAACCCCCCAAAACCACCCCAUCCACCACAGCCACCACAGCGGCUACCACAGCCACGACUCCUGCAAAGUCAGCGACCACUAGCUCAACACCGGUCACCAAGACCAAGAAGGUCAUCAAGAAGACUCCAGCCAGUGCUAAGUCCGGAGGAGCAGCAGCAACAAAACAAGCCACAGCCAAGCCCACGGCAGGGAAGUCCACUGCUGGGACUACAGGAUCAGCAGCUAAAAAGAAGCCAGUGAAGGUGGUAAAGAAGCCAACACCGGCCUCUGGGAAAGCCAAACCUGCAGCUCCUGCUGAAGAGAGUGUGGAUAAGGCCAAAGCAGAAACUGUUGAAAGUGCAAAGGCUCAGGAAGAGACUGCUAUUACAGAGAAAGAAGAAACAUUGGCUCCAGAAAAUACUGAAACUCCUAUGGAAACAAAUGAAGACGACCAGAUAAAAGACAUCGACAACUCUGCAGAGAUAUCCACCGAAGCCGUGCCAGACGUUGAGAUCAGCAAAGAAGGUGCCGACGAGGAGGAAGACGAAGAGCAAGAAGAAGAGGAAGAAGAAGAGGAGGACGAAGAAGAAGAAGGUGGUGACGAAGAGGACGGUAGCAACAUCGUAGAGGGCGACGCGAACGGAGACGACGAAGACAUGGAGCCGCCCGAUUUCAAUGACUCGUUUGACGUGAGGAGUGAAGCAAGCUCCAGUAGCUCUGGGAGUCAAAUAGAUGAGGCUGAGAGUGAUCAUGACAGCAGGCAGAGGUCUAGAAGAGACAGAAAACGUCAAUUUUCUCCAAUUGUGUAUGAGGGAGAGGACAUAUCUGAUUCUGAAGAUGAUGCAGAUGACAGCAACAAGAAAGCCAAGUUAUCUUCAUCCGUCAACGACAUGAAAGGAGGUGACCAGACUGCCAAGAUGAAGUACCUGUUCAGAGAUGCCCGCUACUUCCUCAUCAAGAGCAACAACCAUGAGAACAUUGCUCUUGCCAAGGCUAAGGGUUCCUCGAAAGUCCGGAGCAGGCACCAACCAGACGAACCUGGUCCUGGGCAGGUGGGAUUGCUGCAGGAGUCUUCCUGCAGAACAGUAGGCCGUGGAGGCAAUUCUCACAGUGGCACCUUCCUAAGACCUGCCAAAAAGAAUCGUAAUAACUCCUACUCUGCUGCUGUUAACCAUGCCUUGAAAAGAAAAUAUUCAACUGCGCCAGCCACAGCAACCUCAGAAAGUAUACCUGAAUGUUCUAGAACUGGGUAUGCGGAUAGUCGUGACAAUAGAGAGCGUUCCCCCAAAGUCUUGAAUGCAAGGACUCAUUUUCAGAGGAAUAGUGUAUUUGAUGAAGAAUGUGAACGUGUUCACAUUCAAGUGAAACAAUCUGUACCUAGAACUUGCGAGAAUUUGCGGGGGCGCUCACAUGAUAAACCUCCUGGGAUGCCGCAUAGAUACAUUUAUCGAAGACAGAAGGCCCAUUGUCCAGGGAGUAAUAGGGAUCCGGGUUUCUCUUACAAUGGGCAUUCUGACAUUUCCUUUGAGUCUGCAGGCUUGAAUGAACAUGGAUUGGACGACUUGAGCUUUGAAGAUGAUGAUGGCGACGACGAUGAUGAUGGUGCAUUUUAUCCUUCUCCAAGCCAACGCCGAAGAGAAAGUAGGUGGAGAAGGAGCAAUUUUUCUGAUAAUUAUUCAAACUUUGGAUAUGAUGGUGGCCAUGAUGCUGGCCCAGACCAUCAUCACUUUACAGAAAGCUCAAGGAUAGGUGAUACUAGUGAUAUGGAAAGGUUGCUUCAUGAUGCAUCCGCUAAAUUGAAUGAUCAGAGUUCCAUGCAUCACCGCAUCCAGCAGUUGGAAAGUGUUUUGGGAAAUGUGCUGGCAGUUUUAGGCAAACUGGUCCACAAGUCCAAUGCACCCAGGUUGCAAAGAUCACCCCGUAGGGCCAGGAGGAAAGUAGUGUCACAAUAUGAAGGCGCCUCAAGGUCUAACCAUGCAAAUGGCUUCAACAGAUGGAGGGGUGACCCUGAGUAUGUGAAUGGAAAAAGGAGGAGGAUAGAAGGAGACAGUGAAUUGGAUGAAAGACUGGUAGAGAAUCCAGCUCGUCUGAAUGAAGCUUGUGAAGUCCAACAGACUCUUGAAGGUUGCGGUACUCGAAGCGAUCACUGUGAAGGUCCAGUGCAACAUGAUGGAGAUGAAAAUGCAGAGGAGGAGAAUCCUUUAUCUGAUUCUGGAUUUCAGAUGGAUUCUAGACCUACUGACAGCAGUCCAGACAAUGAUGGUGAUAUUAUUGAUGACCAUAAUGUAGGCUCUAGCAGUGCUGAAGCUUGUCCCCAAAAUGGCCGAGUUGAGAAUGAUCAUGAACAGAAUAUUGAUAAUUCACCCAAUAAUUCAUCACUAAAUGCUGUGAGCAUGCAUCAAGCUGACGAAAACAUAGCACAAGGAAAAGAGGAUGUCCAUCUCUCUAGGUUGAGGUCCCCACCAGAUGCUGGUGAACCAGGCGCAACCGAAACAGAGAAUCCUGAGAGUGUUGUCCAAGAAACAACCAGUAGUCAUGCAGCUAAUGAAGUCAUUCAUGAAGAGACCAAUGACACUUCUGCGUUAGAGGCAGAUGAGCAUUCUUUACCAGCAACCAUUGCCAAGGAGAGGAACUACCAAAUAGAUGCAAGUGGCCCUGUCAUUGUGCAUAUCAAAUCUGAAUUUAGUUGCGACACUAACUCAUGGCCAGAUAGUUCGCGCCCAAGCAAUUCUUACAAUCAUCCAGAAAUGGCUCCCCAUGGUCGGGAUCUCGUGGUGCUAUCUGAUGAUUCCAGUACGUCCGAUAACCCAGUGUUUAUGUAUUCAACCGAGGCUAUAGACGCUGUUCAAAGUGCACAGGAGCAGCAGGAGAGGGCUCGUUUAAGUCACGAACAAGAUGCAGAAAACAUGCAAUCUCUGCAGGAAAUAUUCACUUCAGUUACCGGGUCUAGUGCUGAGGAUGUAUUUCAUAAUGAAAAUGAGCUUUUAAAGGACCAACAUAGAUGGCUGAAAGUAGAUAAUUCACGAAACAAUUUCCAAGGAGAUGAGAGUCAGUUUGAUGGAGGAAGGACAGAACUUCCCUUCUCGGGUGUCCACAAAUCUCAAGGACGUUCUGUCGAUAAUUAUGUUCGUGUCACCAAGAGACGAUUUGUGCAACAGUUUCCCGGGAGGCUGGCUCAACAUGAUGGUGCCAUCCAAUUGGGAGUUCAGAAUGAAGUACCUCAUGUUCUUGGCCAGAAUGGGCACACACAGCACAAGGGUAUGCCAGGCCAGUCACACCACUCCAGUACCAACCUUUCUGAAAUGCAUCAGAGUCACAUCCAAAGACUGCAACAGAGUUUUGAUCCUCACAGCUUCCAUCCCCAACCACAUUCCAUUGACCCACACCCACAAACAAAUAAUUUUGGAAGAAGAACUGCCAAUUUGAAGAAUUCCACACUGAAUGGACACACAGAUUCUAAUCUGCCAAGAACAGUCAAUUGCACGAGUGAUGUUCGCGCAUUGAACACUUGCGUGAAACUCAGUAAAAAAGGUCUCCGUGAUGGUAACAACCAUCACACUGGUCCUCCACCCACCAUGGCUUCAAGUAUCUCAAACCUAGGUUCUUUGAAGCCCCACAAUGUCAUUCCGCGAUCAGUGCCCAACAAUGCUGGUCCAAACCCUCUUCAUUUUGGAUCGCAAUACUCCAAUAGCUCUCAAAGUCAGUCUCAUUCCACGCAAGGCAGUCCCGCGAUGCAGUGGAAUCAGAAACUUCCCUGGCAGGCUGGCAACUGCUUCAGUCCCAAUGGCAGUAGUGGACAAGGGCAAGGGCAAGGGACCGGUACUGCACAGUUUAAUCCUGACAUGGAUACGCAAGCUGACGGUAUUAUUGCGGACGUUCUGGCGCAGCGGAAUUGGAGUCAGGCCCGCUCUGCUGUAGACGGGGCCACAUCCCUGUCUAGGGCGUUGGCCCAGGCCCUCUUUGGGGACAGCAUCCUCAUCAAGAGCACUUUCAGGUCGUCUGGGAAAAGCAAAGACCUUACAGAACUGGAUCCUGUUUUGGUCAAGAAAAUUGAAAAUGCAGUGAUGAAUAUGUUUUGUCAAGGGAAGAACGUCAAGUUUUGCAAGCAAAUGUGGUCUCUCUGCAAGCAGUCCCUCGGCCAACGAAUGAAAUAUUUGCGCAAUCGCUACAGCACAUUAUAAUGCCCUGGAGAAUACGGACAUGCAAGUGCUACAACCCACAGUGCGAUAGUCAAUAACAUUGUUAUUGUGCACACAUUGUGUAUAAACUUGGGUGCUGCUGCUGCUUAUAAUUUGAUGUCAUAUUUUGGCAGUCACAUUGAACAAAAUGGUGUCAUAUUUACUUGUAAAUGCACAAAGUUGCUGCAAUUUCACUUGAUGCCCCUUUGAAUGCAAACAUCUGCUACAAGUUACUCAGACCAAGAUCGUUCAGCAUGAGGGUUUUAAUCUGAUGGUUUUGUCAUGAAUUUUACUUUUUAAAGGGGGUGUAGCAUGGCAAAUACUGGUUAACGCCAUCUACGACUUCUUUUGGACAACUGCACGUAAAAGAAUGGACUUGAUUAACGGUCAGCAUGCUCUAGUGUUCGCGAAACAGACCAAAGUUCUCCUCAUGCUUCGGUUUCGCGUAUGUUGCACGCACGUGAAUACUGCGGCACGUCGUCCGUAGUUGUAUUACAACCGAUUGGUCCCGAGUCAGGCCGAGGGAAAGACAUGUCGUCUCGUCAUGCUUCACCACCUUUAAAUGCAGAAAAUUUGUUUAUUCACAAAAUCUGAUUCCUUGUGAUUGCCAAUAGCCAAUACUACAUGUACACAAUCUGCAACUGAAUGUUGAUACAAAUGUGCUUCAACUCAUCUGUUAGUUAUUUUGAUGCCAUUUUUACUCAUGAGAAGUUGCUAUAAUACAAAACGAUGUCCCAGUAGUAACUACAACUCAAGUUAACACCGUUUAUCAUUACAGCUCGUUCUGAUACUGUUGUGAAUUCUGGAACAAAAUAUAUCAAGAAAACGUCAUUAAAAGGUGGCACCCAACUGCUAUUAGUUGAGCCCAGCACACACUCUAUGACCUGACCAGGUUCCAUUUUUGAAAGAAUUCACAGUAGCAAUUAAAGGUGUAAAAUAUUACAUGUAAUAAUUUAUUACAUGUAAUAAUCAAGUUUCAGAAUACAUGCAACUAUAUCAACAAUAGAAGAACAAUGUCUACAGACUCCAAGCUCAUCUCAGCUCAGAAUCGUAGCAACUUCAUUUCAGUUUUAUGAUUGUCUACGAUUUUAAAUGGAUUUGGCUUUGGCGCCACCUAGAAGGCAUAAAUUGACUAAAAUUUGGAAAUUUGACAUUCAUUUCAUUUCUCAGAAACUCGAUCUGGAAGGUGAUAUUUAAUUAUAUUUCUAUCUAUAUCCAAUGCAACUGCGACUUCUUUUAGGAUCAUAUUGCAGAAGGAACAUAUAGUGUGUGGUGGGCUUUAGAAUGACAAUAGAGUCACCGAUUUGACGAGGGUCAAGAGGAAAUGGCAAAAAAUUAACUCUUACAUGUCUAUUUCAUUAGUAAUCAUUAGUAAUGGUAUGUCAGGUUAUUUGAAUAAGAUGGAUGUAACAAGUAAGUCUUGUGGAAUUUACAAAGAAAUCAUGAAGGUCAUUAAUACUGUACUAGCUCAAUACAGUAUAUACAUCUCACCUCUAUGCUAAAUCUAUGGAAACCAAAGAAAAAAAAUUCAAUACUUAUAGGUAAAUCCAGCCUUUGUGUUCAUUUGUAUGAAAACAGAAAAAAUAGCAUCAUUACUUAAAGGGCAAUUCAGAAGAGCGACAGAUGGUAGACAGUUUGAAAUGGUAAAUCAGAUCCAUAAGAAAGUUAUAAAUAUUUUUGAAUUUCAUAAAUCCUGUACCAAUCAUGUUUUAAUUUUUUGUUACAUGACGUGUACAGCUCUACAGCUAUGUUUGUGAUUCCCUUGUUUAUCAAUCACAGAUAAAAUGAUCUUCUUGAAAAGGGA